CUUCAGGCAAACCAGGAAACAGUUUGUUCCUCGUCACUAAAGAGAGACACACAGACUGAAAAACAUUCGAUCAGAUUCACCUUCAGACCAAACUAACAGCUACAGGAGAGAAAAGAGGAAAACUACAACACUGCUGCUUCAACCUGCUGACUCUCCACACACUGAAGCUUCACUCAGACUAAAUGGCUUCCAGAUCAGAGGAGGAUCUCUGCUGUCCGGUCUGUCAGGAGGUCUUUAGAGAUCCUGUUCUUCUGGCAUGUAGCCACAGCUUCUGUAAAGACUGUCUGAAGAGAUGGUGGAGAGAGAAACAAACACAAGAGUGUCCAGUUUGUAAGAGAAGAUCUUCAAGAGAAGAUCCACCUGUUAGUCUGGUGUUAAAGAACCUGUGUGAGGCCUUCUUACAGGAGAGAGAUCAGAGAUCUUCAGAGGCUCUCUGCAGUCUGCACUCUGAGAAACUCAAACUCUUCUGUCUGGACCAUCAGCAGCCAGUGUGUGUCGUCUGUCUACAUUCAGUAACACACAAAAACCACAGCUUCAGUCCCAUCGAUGAAGCUGCACAACAACACAAGAAGGAACUUCAGGAAACUCUGGAGCCCUUAAAGGAGAAGUUAAAGAGUUUAGAAAAAGUUAAAGUGAAGUUUGAUCAAACAGCAGAACACAUUAAGGUCCAGGCCCGACACACAGAGAGGCAGAUUAAGGAGCAGUUUAAGAAGCUUCACCAGUUUCUAGAAGAGGAAGAGGAGGCCAGGAUGGCUGCACUGAGGGAGGAAGAGGAGCAGAAGAGUCAGAUGAUGAAGGAGAAGAUGGAGGCUCUGAGCAGAGAGAUAGCAGCUCUUUCACACACAGUCAGAGCCACAGAGGACGAGCUGAGAGCUGAAGACGUCUCAUUCCUCAACAACUACAAGGCUGCAGUGGAAAGAGUCCAGCAGCGCCCCCUGCUGGAGGAUCACCAGCUGCUCUCAGGAGCUCUGAUAGACCAGGCCAAACACCUGGGCAACCUGACCUUCAACAUCUGGAACAAGAUGAAGGACAUGGUCUCCUACAGUCCUGUGGUUCUGGACCCAAACACUGCUCAUCCAAGACUCAUCCUGUCUGAAGAUCUGACCAGAGUGAGACUAGGAGAGAAACAGCAGCUUCCUGACAAUCCAGAGAGAUGUGAUAAUUACUGCAUUGUCCUGGGCUCUGAGGGUUUUAACUCUGGGACUCACAGCUGGGAUGUCGAGUUUGGAGACAGUACAUUUUGGUUUCUGGGUGUGUUAGCAGAGUCUGUCCAGAGAAAGGGAGACAUAUGGUCUGGAUUACAGGGAAUAGGAUUACAUAAAGGUACCUGCAUCGUACUCUCAUCAUCAGCCUCAAACACUGUUCUCCCACUGCAGAAGAAUCUCCAGAGGAUCAGAGUGAAUCUGAACUGGAACAGAGGAAAGUUGUCGUUCUCUGAUCCUGAUACUAACACACACAUAUACACCUUCAUACACACUUUCACUGAGAAACUGUUCCCCUUUACUAUAAGUGGAGAUGAACUCCCAGUGAAGAUCUUACCAGUGAAGGUCUCUGUGACAGUAGAACAGAGCAGUCAGAGAUAAAGAGGAUGAUCACAUUUAUGUUUAUUUUUUAAAGAGAAGAGUCAGUGAAUUUAACCUCUUAAAUGUUUACAGAAUUUCAAUCAAUGUGAAUGUGAAGGGAGGAAAAAGUAUGAGUAUUGUGCCUCUCUGUGCGGAAGUACCACACCAAUAAGGAAAACUUGAUUCUGUGUGAUAUUGAAAUAAAGAUAUUGUAAGACA